AUGGCUGGUGAACAUUUAGUUGAAGCAGCAAGAUGUCCAAGUCGAGCAGCUCCUACAGGAAUUAUUGGUACAUGCGUAUGUAGUGCUAUUGUCGGAUAUAUGUGCUUAUUUGCUCUUCUUUUUGCUAUAUCAAAUGUUAAAACAUUCAUUGAAAAUAAUAGUGAAAAUAAUGAGCCGAUGAAUUUUACUGUAGCUAUUUUUCGAUAA